AUGUGGCUUCUCCUUGCUGCCUCCCUCCUGCUGGCGUAUGCAGCGGCCCAGGGAGAUGGCGACAAGGUGAUGCGCGGGGCCGAGUGCGAGCCGCACUCCCAGCCCUGGCAGGUGGCGCUCUUUGAGCGGGGCCGCUUCAACUGCGGAGCUUCUCUGAUUGCCCCCAGCUGGGUGCUGUCCGCUGCGCACUGCCAGACCCGCUUCAUGCGAGUACGCCUGGGCAAGCAUAAUCUGCGCAAGCGCGAAGGCUCUGAGCAGCUGCGAACAGUGGUGCGGGUCAUCCCGCACCCGGGCUAUGAACCUCUCAGCCACCGCCACGACCUCAUGCUGCUGCGGCUCGCGCAGCCCGCACGCCUCUCCAGACAAGUGCGCCCCGUAACGCUGCCCACGCACUGCCCACGACCCGGAGAGCCGUGCGUGGUGUCCGGCUGGGGCCUGGUGGCCAGCAGCAGGCCGGGGACUACAGGAAGCUCUAAGUCUAAAGUAAGUCUCCCAGACACGCUGCACUGUGCCAACAUCAGCAUCAUCUCGGAUGCCACCUGCAGCAAGGACUACCCAGGGCGCGUCUGGAACUCCAUGGUGUGCGCAGGCGUGGAGGGUGGAGGCACAGACUCCUGUGAGGGUGACUCUGGGGGCCCUCUAGUCUGCGGGGGUAUCAUGCAGGGUAUUGUGUCUUGGGGUGAUGUUCCCUGUGACACUACCACCAAGCCAGGAGUCUAUACCAAAGUCUGCGACUACCUGGAGUGGAUCAGGGACACCAUGAAGAGGAACUAA